AUGUUAGCACUAAUUGCAUGCCAUCUAGCGGCUCUAGCCGGAUCACUUGCGUUUUUCUUUACCCACAUCAACCUCCGAAAGUACCCGUUGUACUAUCUGAUCCCGUUGGUUUUGGCAGUGUAUAUUCCACUUUCAGUGACGUUUCUCUUACCAAUUGACUACAUUUCACAUCACUCGGGGCUGGUCCCUGGCCUUUCGCUUUCGGAUAAAGCGACCCUCUUUUCCUGGAAGUCUGCUUAUUGGUCCACGUUCGUGUUGACAUGGUUAUUUCUCCCAGUACUUCAAGACUUCUAUAGAACAGGACACCAUCUGAAGCUCAAUCGGCUCAAAGAGUCCAUGCGUCUGAAUUUGCGCUUUCAACUUAUUGUCUUGGGUGUUUCUGUGAUUGCCGCUGUGUAUUUGAUAUUGGAAGUAGGCCUUUCCUUUAGUAAUAUGAAAUUGAUGAUCAUUGCGCUAUCGCAUAUUUAUGCGCUUGUGCUUGCUCUUUGGUUGAUGGCUCAUGGAUUGGUGUCUGUAGCUAGAAAUCGGUGGCAGGAGGGCAAUUUGGUGGAAAAUCUAAAUCAUUACUACUUGAAAGUGUCUCACCUAGUAGACGCUCUUGAGGACACUAAGGUGGAUCUAAAAGAGGAAAUCCUUACAGUAAUUCUUCUCAAAGAGAAUUUCACCAACGCACAGUACGCUGAACGUUUCGUGUACCAUAAUUGGAUCAUGGAUCUUCAUCUGCAAAUCCCAGAUUCGCUCAAAGAUCUGGUCCGCCGCAACUACAUACACGAUAGUUCUCGCACAAUCACCGCCGAGCAGGUGACAGAAAAAUUCAUGGCGAAUCUCGCUACAAAAUUUCAGAAAAACUUGUACAAUUUCAGGGCUUAUGAAUCUGACUACGACAUUCUCUUGGCUAGAAUUGUCAGACUACAGACCCUUAUAGAGGCAAAAACAACCCAGGGAACUUCCAACAAAGAAAGCAUCAUGUCAUCUCUACCCGGAAUCUUACCACCUCGCUUAAAUUAUUACUACCAAUGCUAUUUGAAGCUCUAUGCUGCCAGGUUCAUUGCCGUUUGUUUGUACGGAGUCUGUUUUAUCAUACUCCAAUCGGAAUUUUUCCACUCGACGAAAAUAUCCUUACUCAAUGUCUUAAUUUUUGAUACUGGCGUGAAGAAUAGUGCUUAUUUACAGGUGAUUAUCUCGUUCUGUUUCUUUCUGUACAUGCUCUUUUGUUCGCUCAACUCCUUGACAAGAUUAAAACUCUUCAACAUGUACCACUUGGUUCCACGCAACUCCGAUCCGGUAUCUGCGUGUUUUUAUGCAUCAUACAUUGCUCGUAUGACUGUUCCGCUUUCGUAUAAUUUCAUCACAUUGUUUACAAGUCGAGACUCAGUUUUCGAGGAGUGGUAUGGUAAGUCAAUUCACUUGACUGGUCUUUUCAACAUGAUGAACAAUUGGAUUCCACGCCUUUGCCUAAUUCCCGUCAUUCUCACGACUUUCAAUGUGUAUGAUAAACUCAAAACGAAAUUAGGGUUCUCCUCUGAUUUCUAUGGUUGGGCUGACUUUGACGACGAGGAGGCUGCCGGUGGUGACAGCAACCCGGAAAGAUCUCAAGCAAAACGAAAAGACCUCCUCAUAGUUGAAGGCAAACGUAUUGUGACAAUGGAAUUAUCACGUCGUGGCAACGCGGGCUCAAACCCACUGAGACCAUACGAGGCACGCAACGAAACGGACACGUACAGAGAUAGUAUACAGCUAGAGAGCACGCCAAACACAAUGAGCAACAGAAUAGAGUCUUAUCAUGACGACGCAGAUGAUUCUGAUAGCCCACAUCUGUCUAUAUGGGGACGUUUGGGAGGUGUCAUUGGAGGACUCAAAACUGCCGUCGGGAGCAGAUUGCCCACCAACGGCCGAUACCAAGAUGAACGGGACGACGAAGAAAAUGACCGUUUAUUUUUGUAA